AUGGACUCAAGUCGUCAGUCGACGCGACCAGCAUCCCAGCUGGUUGCUGGGUUUGCCUCACCUUCUACCCCAGCAAGUGCGCGGAGGUCGCUGAGGCAAUCUACUCAAACUACUCAUUCACAACCUUUACCGCAACACCCAUUACACGAUGUCGAAAAGGAUGAAUUGCGGGUGCAAGUCAGCACUCUCAGAUACGAACUCGAGAAUAUCAAGCAAGAACAGGAGCUGCAAACCUUACAACACGAGAAGGAGACUCGAGAAAUUCAAAUAAAGGCGGAUGCGGACUUUCGAAAGGCGCAAGCAGCAGAGUCGACAUCCAACCGCGCCAUCCACAAGAGCGAAACCUUAGCAAAGGAACUAAAGGAGGCACAGGAGCAGGCGCUCACUGACAAGACAAACCUCGAACGAAAAAACAGAACACUACAGGAUGAAAGGCAAACAUUACAGGAGGAGCUAGAGGAUUCACAAGCGCGCUUGUCCGACCAAGAACGACACUCUAAGUAUCAAAUAAGCGAACUGGAAACCGUUCGGGCAUCUCUUCAAAAGACCAUUGAAGAAUUUCAAAAUGAUCUUCACGCGGCUCGCACCUCUCAGCAAACGACCCAAGAAAAGUUGGCUCAGCGUGAAACCGAAGUUGCGGAGCUGGAGUCGGAGAACAUCCGCCUGAAAUCCGAGGGGACGGAUGCCGAAGAACUGGCUGUUCUGAAAAGGGAACUUUCGGAGCAAGUCAGCCACAUUCGCGAAUUGGAGACGACAAAUCGGGAACAAGGCGCGGAACUACAAUAUCUACGGAAGGUUCAGAAGAACGUCGAGGUGGUCCAAGAGCAAAAGAGGUCGCUCGAGAACCAGCUGAUGGCUAUGAAGGACUUGGAGGCCGAAGUUGGUACACUUCAGAUUCAAAAGCAGGUUCUCGAGGAUGAACGGCAAUCUUGGACCAGCCUGCUUGAAGAUCACAAUCAGUCUGCUGAAUUCGAUUCUCCUGAAGCAGUUGUCAAAGCCUUGGCGGAGAAGCAAAUUGAAAUGGCGACUCUGGUUGAUCGACUUGGCCUUGUUGAAGCGAAAUUUCUCGAGAAGGAUGAAGCGAUUAAAUUCUUGGAGAAUGAAAAAGCUACCCUCCUCCAAGAAGUCGAAAAGCUACGAGCCUCCUCCUCUGUCAAUGGCCCCAGUACAGCUCCCGCAGUAGCUGAGGCUCGAGCCAAGUCACGGCUGGAACGACAGCGUGUUCUGGCUGUCAAGGAAGUCGAAUAUCUUCGGGCUCAACUCAAGGCUUUUGAUGAGGAGGAGAUCACCAUGAAUGAAGAAAAGAGCUAUGACGAGCAAAAGGCAGAGCAGAUUGCACAAUUACAAAAAAUUGUGGACGAGUACCGCAAUGAGCUCCAAACGGCACACGAGGAACUUUCGAAGAGAGAAGCACCACCCCCGCCAGCUCAAGACGAUAGUCAGACCCGGGGUACCAAACGCCCCCUGUCUUCAGCAGAAGGCGAGGCCGACAGCGAACGUCUUUCAGUGCUUACACGGAAGAACCGCAAAUUGCAGGAGGCCCUCUCCAAAGCAGAACAGGCCACCACACUUGGCCGUCGAGAACUGGAUGCCGCCAAGUCCCAGAUCAAGUCUCUCAAAUCGAAAUCGCGCACUCGUGUACUCGAAUUGCGCGACAACCCGACCGCCGAGGCCGAGAAGAUCAAGAUGUCCACAUUGACAACACUGCGUACGGAAAAUCAGGCUCUUCUCGCCCAACUCCGCGGUGAAAAGACAGGCGUGAAAGCUGUCCCCGUAAGCACGCUUGACAGUCUCAAGCUGGAGAUGCAAGAUAUGGACCGCGUCGUCGCAGAGAAGGAGAAACGCAUGCGUCGUCUCAAAGAAAUCUGGACGGCCAAGAGUUCCGAAUUUCGCGAAGCAGUCGCCUCUCUGCUCGGCUUUAAACUCGACUUCCUCCCGAACGGUCGUGUUCGGGUGACUUCUAUGUUCCAUCUUUCUUCGGCCUACCGCCACGGCGAUGGCGAUGAUCCCUCCAACUCCCGCGGCGCUGGUAGCAUGGGUGAUGGAGGCGAGAACUCAAUUGUCUUUGACGGUGAAAAUGGCACGAUGAAGAUCUCUGGGGGGGCCGAAUAG